UCUCGAAAACCAUUUUUCGCUCCCAUCCUCGUCGCCGCUCUCGCCAUUUUAGGGUUUUAUACAUCUAAACCCUCGCCCUAGGGUUUGUGCUCUAAAUCUCCGCUCCAAUUCUUUCUCCCCAAUCAACCUCGAGAUCUUUCGAUCUCAUCUCCAUCGCCAUGGCUUUUUGGGGAAUCGAGGUGAGACCCGGGAAACCCUACACUCACCGCUACGACGACACCCGUGGGAGGCUCCGCGUUUGCCAGGCUACGUUGGGUAGUGGAAAGGGGACAACGAGAAGUGUGGUGCAGUGCAAUGUUGGUAAUAAUAGCCCCAUUUUGAUAUGUAGCUUGAUUCCCGAUUCGUCGGAGACGUGCCAUUUGGAACUGGAGUUUGAAGAGGAGGAUGAGGUUGUUUUCUCUGUCAUCGGUCAAAGAAGCGUUCAUCUCUCAGGUUACUAUACUGGUUCUGGUCGAAUCAAUGAUGGAGAUGAUGAAGAUUCUUAUGGGGAAGAUAUUGCUGAGACUGAUAGCGAUGAUUCAAUAAGCUUUGAUGUGGAUGGCAGUGAAGACGAUGAGUAUGAGUCAGACUUUAUUGAUGAUGGUGAUGAUAUCGAAAUGUGCCCUGCUUCUGCUCCUCGGAAAAGUGGAGUUGUUAUUGAGGAGAUUGUAGAAGAUGGUAAACCAUCCAAUGGGAAUGGAACUCAUCGGCGCUUGAGGAAGAAGCAUCAAGUAAGUGAUACUGAGGAUGGUGAUGAUGAUUCUCAACGGCAACGUGUUGUCAAGCCUGCUGCCCCUGCAGCAGUGGAAAGCGAGGAUGAAGAUGGCUUUCCUCUAUCAUUUUCUGCAUCAAAGAUGAACACUGGCAGAAAUGUGGGAACUGUUAAAGAAUUAAGUGAGAAGACAGAUGACGAGGAUAGAAAAAGGAAAAUUGAUGCCAUCAGUCAGGAUUCUGAAUCUGAAAGGGAUAAAUUACUGCCAAGUGAUUCUAAUACACCUUUAGUAGAUGCUGAAAAUACUGGGAAAAAGAAAAAGAAAAUUAAGGAUAGGAGACCACUGGAAACUGGUUCUAAUAUGGAUGGUAAGGAGGAUAUUGCUGUUGGAGGUGAGAAGGUUGUUUCUGCCAAUGGUGUCAAAUCAAUUAAAAAGAAGAAAGAGAAGACUGAGAAGGGAAAGGCUUCUGAGACAGGGUCUGAAUCUUUAGCAGAGGGGACAGAUACAGAAGCUAAAGGAGAUGCAAAGGAAGCUGGAAAUACUGAUCCCAUUAAUGAGGAUAAUUUUGCUGAAGCUGAGAAGUUGCCUUAUAACAAAGAUGAGAAGAGCAGUCAGAAAUCAAAGAAGAAAAAGAGAAAACUUGUUAAGGAGGACAUUUCUCAAGAGCAAGGUGGUUCACCGGCCGAGACUGCAGACGAGAGAAACCAGCUUGCCAAUGGGGAGAAAACUAAUAGGGUUACUGAUUCUUCCACAAAUGGUACUCCACAAGAGUCCAAAAAGAAGAAGACGACGAAGAGCAAAAAUCACGACAAAGAUUUGAGCAAUACCCAGGAACCAGCAAAUCAAGUCGAGGCAGAAGAGAAGAAGCAGCCACUGAAAGCAAGAACCUUCAGUAAUGGCCUGAUCAUUGAGGAGCUAUCUAUGGGCAAACCUGAUGGCAAAAGAGCUUCUCCAGGGAAUAAGGUUUCUGUCUAUUAUGUUGGCAAGUUACAGAAUGGAAAGAUUUUUGACUCUAAUACUGGCCAUCGGCCAUUCCAGUUCCGCCUAGGUAUUGGGCAUGUCAUCAAGGGAUGGGAUGUUGGUAUCAAUGGGAUGCGUGUAGGGGACAAAAGAAGACUCACCAUCCCACCAGCCAUGGGUUACGGGGACAGGAAUAUCGGGAAGAUACCCAAAAACUCAUGGCUGGUGUUCGACGUUGAGCUUGUCGACGUGAAGCAAAUUCGGUCAAAGUAAAUGUCGCGAAGAUCUUUUCUCCCGUAUGCAUAUAGUGCGAUUCCGAAGUUUUGUCGACGGCACGAGAAGUAUUAUCUGAUAAUGAGGUAACUUUCCCAAAUUUUCGGUUGUUGUGGAGAAAGUGAUAGAGUAGAACUGAGUUUUUGUGUUGCUGUUAUUCUUUGCUGUUGCCCCAAUAUUUCCUUUGAUCAACUGUGUCUCUGCUAUUCUCUGCCUUGAAAAUGUUAUGAUAUAGAUCUGGAAUUCAUUUUGAUCUUUUUUUUUGUUUUGUUUUUUGGCGCUAAUUCGAUAGCGCCUGCACUCGAAAUCUUAAAUCUGAAAUUUUUGUUGCAAUAUUCAGAAAUAUUGAAGAUCCGGAAGAAAUGAAUUAUGGGCAUUUUGAGUU